UCACUAAUCUAAAAGGAAAGAACGAACGAGUGACAUGGGAAUUUUAAGGAAUUUAUUAAUCAUCUCCUUGCUUUUGGGACUAACUGCAGGUGAAGACGUUCGGGAGCACGCACGUAACCGAAAGGGGUCACUAUUCAAUUCAACCAAAAAGAACAUAGCAUGGGAUUUACCAAAAAGAAACGGUACCUGGGCACCUCCACAGUGGAAUAGUACUUGGGCACCACCACAAUGGAAUAGUACUUGGGCUCCCCCACAAUGGAACACAACCUGGACUCCUCCACAAUGGAACACAACUUGGGAUUCACCACAAUGGAAUAGUACCUGGGCUCCUCCCCAAUGGAACACAACUUGGGCUCCACCACAGUGGAAUAGUACUUGGGCUCCUCCACAAUGGAAUAGUACUUGGGCUCCUCCACAAUGGAACACAACUUGGGCUCCACCGCAGUGGAAUAGUACUUGGGCUCCUCCACUGUGGAAUAGUUCUUGGGCUCCUCCACAGUGGAACACAACUAGGGCUCCUCCACAGUGGAAUAGCACCUGGGCUCCUCCGCAAUGGAACACAACUUGGGCUCCACCGCAGUGGAAUAGUACUUGGGCUCCUCCCCAAUGGAACACAACUUGGGCUCCACCGCAGUGGAAUACUACUUGGGCACCACCACAAUGGAAUAGUACCUGGGCACCUCCCCAAUGGAACACAACUUGGGGCCCACCACAGUGGAAUAGUACUUGGGCUCCUCCACAAUGGAAUAGUACAUGGGCUCCACCACAGUUGAACACAACUUGGGCUCCACCACAGUGGAAUAGUACUUGGGCUCCUCCACAAUUUAACACAACUUGGGAACCUCCACAAUGGUACACAACUUGGGCUCCACCACAGUGGAAUAGUACUUGGGCUCCUCCACAAUGGAAUAGUACUUGGGCUCCUCCACAAUGGAACACAACUUGGGCUCCACCGCAGUGGAAUAGUACUUGGGCUCCUCCACUGUGGAAUAGUUCUUGGGCUCCUCCACAGUGGAACACAACAUGGGCUCCUCCUCAGUGGAAUAGCACCUGGGCUCCUCCGCAAUGGAACACAACUUGGGCUCCACCGCAGUGGAAUAGUACUUGGGCUCCUCCGCAAUGGAACACAACUUGGGCUCCACCACAAUGGAAUAGUACUUGGGCUCCACCACAGUGGAAUAGUACUUUGGCUCCUCCACAAUGGAACACAACUUUGACACCUCCUUUAUUGAAUACUACCGAAACGACCCUUGGCACAACUUCGUCAGAUUGGUUGAUAGACUCAACCACUGAGGCCGAUACUACAGAUUCAACAAUUAAAUCCGAAACAGACACAACUGAAUCAGAUCAAGCUGAGUCCUCUUCAAUCGCUUCAACAGAACCAGAGCCAGAGGUUUCAACAACUGAAUCACCUGAAGCUGAAAUAACCGAUUCGACUUCUGAGAGCGAAACCACAACUUCUGAAUCAGAUCAAGCUGAGUCCUCUUCAAUCGCUUCAACAGAACCAGAGCCAGAGGUUUCAACAACAGAGUCUCCUGAAGUUGAAAUAACCGAUUCGACUGCUCAGAGCGAAACCACAACUUCUAAAUCAGAUCAAGAUGAAUCCUCAUCAAUCGCUUCAACUGAAGCAGAGCCAGAGGUUUCAACAACUGAGUCUCCUGAAGUUGAAAUAACCGAUUCGACUGCUGAGAGCGAAACUACUGACAGCUACUAAAUAAUAAAAAGCAUAUUCUUUUGUGAGACAGAUUAUGCUAGUGAAAACUUGUCCUCGUAGGGUUAAACCAAUGAAAUGUUUCAAUACUGCAAUACUGGUUUUUUGUAUGUCUUUUAAGAAUAAAUUGUUGAGCUUCAAUUAUCA